GUCGCCGUAGCAGCUAGCUAGCCGGGGAGGGAGGGGCCGCCGCCGCCGAGUGAGGGAGCCGGGGGAGGCGGGUUGGAGGCAGGCCGGAGAUGGGGCGCGGGCCGGUGCAGCUGCGGCGGAUCGAGAACAAGAUAAACCGGCAGGUGACCUUCUCCAAGCGCCGCAGCGGGUUGCUGAAGAAGGCGCACGAGAUCUCCGUGCUCUGCGACGCCGAGGUCGCGCUCAUCGUCUUCUCCACCAAGGGCAAGCUAUACGAGUACUCCAGCCAGGACAGCAUGGAUGUGAUUCUUGAACGUUACCAACGUUACUCAUUUGAAGAAAGAGCUGUACUGGAUCCAAGUAUUGGAAACCAGGCAAACUGGGGAGAUGAAUAUGGAAGUUUGAAGAUAAAACUCGAUGCACUCCAGAAGAGUCAAAGGCAACUCUUGGGUGAACAAUUGGACCCACUCACCACAAAAGAACUCCAACAGUUGGAACAACAGCUUGAUAGUUCUUUGAAGCACAUAAGGUCAAGAAAGAAUCAACUUCUCUUUGAGUCUAUAUCUGAGCUUCAAAAGAAGGAGAAGUCAUUAAAAGAUCAGAAUGGUGUCCUGCAGAAGCACCUCGUAGAGACAGAAAAGGAGAAAAAUAACGUUUUGUCAAAUAUUCAUCACCAAGAGCAGUUGAAUGGAGCAACAAAUAUUCAUCACCAGGAGCAGCUGAAUGGAGCAACAACAAGCUCACCGUCACCUACACCAGCGACAGCCCAAGAUUCCAUGGCACCUCCAAAUAUUGGGUACUUAUGCUUCCACUUAGGCCAUAUCAAUCUAGAGAAUCAGGAGGGGGGAAUCCAGAACCUCAGCCGUCUCCAGCACAAGCAAACAACAGCAAUCUACCAGCGUGGAUGCUCCGCACCGUCAGCAACAGAUGAAGGCUGGCGACAGCCUCAUAUGACUCCACCUGAAGGCGAGAAUGGCGCCUGACAUGCGCCCACUAUGGAAGCUAGACGCCGGUGUGCAGUCCAUCUCCGGCAAUGGCUUCCGGUGUAGCCACUAAUAAGACCACGCGUCUUUGCUGCUGGGUGAAUGGGGUCUUCCUGUCUUAAGCUUUUCCUGCACUAUAAGAUACUUGUUUCCACGUUUCGGUUCCAUUUUUUCUCCUAUCGAUGAGCACGAUCUUGUGGUUGGAGUUUCGUGUGUAACCUUUAAUGGAGUUGCGGUAUGUUUUUACGUGUUGUGACGGUUUUUGUAUUCCAUCCGUUGUAAAAAAAGCAAAAGGGCGCUGCCUUCUCUUUACAUUGUUAUUAAAAAAAAGAGCAGGGCACUGAACUUUUGGCAAA